AUGAUUCUGUUUGUUAUCUUAAAUACUGGCGAAAAAAUCACAUUUGUAGUACGCAUAAAUGACACUGUUGAAAGUAUCAAGUGGAGAAUUCAGGAUCUUAAAGAAAUUCCCGUGAAAAUGCAAAGACUUCGGUAUUUGACCAGAGAAUUACGCAACGAAGCCAUGCCACAUGGAAAAAAAAUUUCGCUUACAGUAUCUGAAUGUGACACUAUUGAAAGUGUCAAACAAAAAAUUCAUGAACUCGAAGGAAUCCCUAUAAAUGAACAAAGGCUUAAGUACAUGACCAAAGAACUAGAACACAAUGAAAAGAAGCUGACAGAUUAUAAAAUUAAGGACGAAAGUACUAUGUAUGUAACUUUGAGAUUAAGAGGCGGAUGUUGA